CUUGCGGAGUGGAAUCUCCGUGUCACGUGAGACGAAGGCAAGAUUAAAAGAUGGGUGAUAUUGAGAAGGGCAAGAAGAUUUUUGUCCAGAAGUGCGCUCAAUGCCAUACCGUGAAGACGGGAGGCAAGCACAAGACGGGGCCCAAUCUCCAUGGUCUGUUUGGGCUAAAGACGAGGCAGGCCGCUGGAUUCUCUUACACCAACGCCAACACGAACAAAGGCAUCACCUGGAAUGAGGACACGCUGAUGGAGUAUUUGGAGAAUCCCAAGAAGUACAUCCCUGGAACAAAAAUGAUCUUCACUGGCAUUAAGAAGAAGACCGAGCGGGUAGAGCUGAUAGCUUACCUCAAAAAAGCUACUAAUGAGUAAUAGUUGGCACCGCCUUAUUUAUUACAAAACAAAUGUCUCAUGACGUUUUUUAUGUUUACCAUAUUUAAAUCCAUCUCGUUCACCAGAAUUCAGAUCAUGAGUGACCGAUAGCGUAUUUUUAUUGGGCAGCCCUGAUUUAAAUAAGAUUGGCUUGUGUUUUAAUGAGUAUGAUCAGUUUUUUUUGAAUAAAUGAUAAUUCCAGGUCAGCAAGUGCAAUCACUGUCCCUUUCCAAAGA